UUCCAUUCUGCGUUUCACACUGUUUUGCAGCGUGACCGUGUUGAGAGAGCGCAGCAGAGAUUAACAGUAAAGACAGGUGAAUCGCAUGUUGUGUAUCCAGGUUUGUUUGUAGUGAAACUAGAUCCAGCCUCGAGAUCUGAUUGAAGUAGGUGGUUCUCUCACAGCGCGGUACUGUACGGAGUGUUUCAUUACCAGAGCUGCAGCCAGCCGGGAGCAGCGGGCAAGAUUGUACUUCAAAUCACUCGGAUUAUUAAACCCCCGGCAACAAUUGAAACAUUGAAGGGCCGUUCUCGUUUUGUUUGGAGGAGGUUCCAGCACCCUGCGGGGAUGUUUAACUGGAGUAGUAGGGUUUCUAUUACGCUGGCAACGCCGUGCGCCUCAGUAGGAGCAGUUUACUAUAACUUUGGGCUGGAGGUGGUUCGCUUCUCGCGAGUGAGAGAGACCAGUGCCAGCUCGUGUAGCCUAACCUAAAGCCCGCUACUAAAUCUGAGACAGUUGGACAGCAUCUCGGCGCAAAAGGGACCUACAAUUCCAAACUCAACCGGUUUCUUUUAGCACUUGACAACAUCUGUAUAUUUUUGAUAUUUCCAAACAUGAGGAUUUUUGAAGACAUUUAAUUACGAGUAUUUCUUUAGGCUAUUUGGGGGAUUUAUUUCCAAAUACUUUUAUUUGUCUUUUUUAUUAUACGCAUCUGUUUUAUUUUAAUAUUUUAUGAAAUUUGUUUUUCACUUUAUUUGGAAACAUUUUCUAACCCCUGCACUUGUUUUGGGAACACGAGCGCUCCUUGACGCGACAUGAGGACUGUCGCCUGGCUGUCCGCACGGCAUUGUCAUUGUAAUUUUCACGUGUCAUGUCGAUAGUCGGAUGCCGGAGGACACGGGAUGUCGUUUAGCAUUUUGACAAACUGAAGGUUAUGGUCUGGAACAAAACCAACUGAAAAACGCUAUAGUAGCCUGAAUGGGGGCAAUUAUGCUGGAGUCCCAUAUAUUCUAGGGUUUUCAUUCGCACACCAACCCAUGGGGAUUUAAAUAUUUAUAUAUAUGUAUAUUCUAGCAUACCAUUUCCUUUUUUUACGUUUUCCUUCUUUUUUUUUACUGGACCAAUUUUAGGAUGAUGUUGUAUUGCUGCUCGAGCGCCUUGGAACUUUCUAUUAAGUUCACCUGCAGCUUUUUAUUCGUGUUUUUACUGUUCCAAAUGCCACAGUCCUCCUCGCCUUUAAUUACAGGUACAGAAGCCAGCUGCGAGAACGAAGGAGAGGUGCUCCACAUACCCAACAUAACGGACAACCCGUGCAUCACCUGCGUCUGUAUGAAGGAGAAGGCAGACUGUAAACAGGAGAAGUGUCCCCUGGUGUCUGAGGACUGUGCUCUGGUGGUCAAACAGACGGGAGCCUGCUGUGAGAGAUGCAAAGGUUGUCAGCUGGAUGGAGAGUCCUAUAAUAGUUCUGUCUCCUGGACCAGCUCCAUCAAGCCCUGCAUUUCUCGCCGCUGUCAGGAAGGUGUCGUAACUGAAGCGGAAGCACAAUGUGUCGUCCACUGCAGGAACCCCAAGAUUCACCCCAAGAAGUGCUGUCCAACGUGCCCGAGCUGUAUCUUGGAGGGCCAUCUGUACAAAGAGAGGGAAGAGUUUCACCCUGAGGGAAAACCCUGUAUUAAAUGCACCUGCACUGGAGGGCGGACCCUAUGCGUCAGGGAUGUGUGUCCUGUCCUCUCAUGCCCCGCCCACCUGAGCCACACUCAGCCUGGACAGUGCUGUCCCAAGUGCCUCGGUCAGAGGAAAGUGUUUGACCUGUCGAUGGGGAGUUGUCUGUUCCACAGUGAGGUCUAUGAGGACGGCACCUCUUUCAAGCAUGACAACUGCACCACCUGUACCUGCAAGAAUUCCACUGUGGUGUGUAGGAAGCGCUGCUCUCGGCCGGGCAGUUGCCAUGGUGACCAGUGCUGUGAGGCGUGUCUGUCCUUUGUGAAGGUAGCGGAAGUGAAGUACUGCCGGGCCAGGAACAAGAUCUACCGGGAAGGAGACAUGUGGUCGUCUGUGAACUGCACCCUGUGUGCCUGUGUCAAGGGGGCCAUCGAGUGCCAGCCAAAGCAGUGUGUGCCAAUCACCAGCUGCCCCUCGAAUAAGAUCCUGAACAGGACAGGCUGCUGCCCGGUUUGCACUGAAAAGCCAGGCGUGUGCACUGUAUUCGGCGACCCCCACUACAACACCUUCGACGGGCGCACAUUUAACUUCCAAGGAACCUGCCAGUAUGUUCUAACUCGAGACUGUGGUGGCGCCCCCUCUGGCGGAGGUGGAAACAGCGCCGGCUCUGACUCUGGCUUCACGGUUGUGGUGAGGAACGAUGCGAGGCGAACCCGCUCCUACUCCUGGACCCAGUCAGUGGAGCUGAGGAUAGGAGGGCUGAGUCUCAGCCUGCACCAGCACCUAACGGUGAGGAGGAACGGCACGCGCAUCGCCCUGCCCUACCAUGGCCCUGGGGUCCACAUCGACCUGGAUGGAUACCUGCUCAAACUCACCACCAUUGCAGGUCUGGAGAUCACGUGGGACGGGGACAGCUUUGUGGAGGUGGUGGCUGCUCCUCACCUGCGCGGUCGUCUCUGUGGCCUCUGUGGGAACUACAAUGGACACAAGCGGGAUGACACCAUGGGCAGCGACGGCCUCUUCAAAUUCGUGGUGGAUGAGUUUGCAGAGUCGUGGCGCGUGGAGGGGAACGAGGUUUGUGCCCAGCCCAUCAGGAGGCCCACCUCGUACCUCUGUCCCGGCAGUGUAAAGGUCAGGUUCCGCGCUCACAGGGAGUGUCAGAAGCUCAAGUCCUGGGAGUUCCAGAAGUGUCACCAGGUGGUGGACUUUGCCUCCUUCUUUAGGUCCUGUGUAACAGACAUGUGUGAGUGUCCGGUGCAUAAGAACUGUUACUGUGAGUCCUUCAUCGCCUACAGUCGGGCCUGUGAGAGGGAGGGAGCCCCCUUCUACUGGAAGCCAGAGGCUGCCUGCAUGGCCACCCAGUGUAAACACGGAGCGGUGUACGACACCUGUGGCCCGGGCUGCACCAAGACCUGUGACAACUGGAAUGAGAUCGGGCCCUGCCACAAGCCCUGUGUUGCCGGCUGCCACUGCCCAGCCAACCUGGUGCUGUUCCAGGGCCGCUGCAUCAAGCCCACAGCCUGCCCUGGCCGGUGACCCUAGUGCCCCAGGGGAAGGGGGCUGAGAGAGGGCCAAACAGCCAACACUGCCUAGCACUCCGGGUCCAUACCUGAGGAAGGGAGGAGUGGGGGGGACAUUGGGGUGAGUGUGGGGUGAUUAAUGGAUUUGCAGACAGGCAACGAUGGACUGAAGGGAUUCUCAGAAGACAGGUGGGUCAGGUAGAGGCCUCAUCCACUCUGAGGGAGAUAGAUACCGGCCAUCACAAACUGGGGUUUGGAACUCCGAUGUCGGCUGCUCUUACUGCUCUUUAGUUACUGGACACUCAAGGGACAUUCAUCCAGACUGUCAUGGACCUUCAGGAAAAGGGUGGGGCUGGCUCUGUGUUGAGCCAAUAUGGCCUCAGUGUUUCACUCUGUUGCAGCACACAGACAUUCAAAAUCAGGAAACCAACCAAUGCAUCUUAAACAAGCAUGUUCACCCUGCCAGCAUAAGAGAUAAGCUCUAUGAUGAACAUAUUGAACAACCCCCAGGUAUCACGUGCAUAAGAUUAUUUUAUACUGUAAACUAACAAGACUUGCAUAAAAACAGAUAGCUUUUUGUAUUAUUAUUAUUGUUGUUGAUAUUGUUAAUUUAUAUAGCGAUCAAUAAAUAUGUUGUAGCAAGAGCCAGAAUCAUAAAUUUAAUUUUGUUAUAAAUGAUUUAAAGGGAAAAAAGCUAUUUAUGUGUUUGUGUAAUUGUGUCUUGUGUGAAGAGAAAUGCCCAUAUGUGACUCGGUUGUUGCAUCAUCGCAGGGAAGAAACGUACUGUAUUUUUAAAUGCUCAGUGUACAGGUUGUUGUGUGUUGAUUCUCAAACUGAAGGUGUUCCUCAAGACGUACAUUUAACUUGACCUUGUAAGUUAUUAUUUAAGACCAGCAAUAUAUAAUUUCCAUGAAACU